AGUUAAGUAGUAGUAGAAGAAGAAGGCACUUCCUGCGCAAAUGUUAAAAGAAACACAUUCCGAAAUAUUCAUGGCUUGACGGUAAAUAAAUGUGCUGGAAGUGAAAAAUACCGAAGCUCAAGAUGAACUAUGUACCAGGGACGGCAAGCCUCAUUGACGACAUCGACAAAAAGCACCUGGUGUUGCUCCGAGAUGGCAGAACUCUGAUUGGUUACCUCAGGAGCAUCGACCAGUUUGCCAAUUUAGUGUUUCACCAGACGGUGGAGCGCAUCCACGUGGGGAAAAAGUUUGGAGACAUCCCGAGAGGAAUUUUCAUCGUGAGAGGGGAAAAUGUAGUUCUGCUUGGAGAGAUGGACGUGGAUAAGCCCUGCGACACCAUCCUGCAGCAGGUUUCCAUCGAAGAGAUCCUAGAGGAGCAGCGGCUGCAGCAGCAAGCCAAGCAGGAGACGGAGAAAGUCAAGAUGCAGGUCCUGAAGGAUCGAGGCCUCUCCAUUCCCAAAGCGGAUAACUUGGACGAAUAUUAAAGCAGCUUUCUUUCUUUUUUUGUUUUUUUUCCCUCACGAGCCUUUUUCUCAGUUUGUAUCGGACUGGUAACUUGUACCUUUGAUCCGAGGAGUUUUGUGUUUUGUUAGUAGAAUUAUCAAGUUGGAUCUAUUUACUGUUCUGGUCGAUUUUUAUUUGAAGUGUUUGGAGGAAAAUGUGAUUAGCUCAUCUCAGUUUUGCAAGAUCAUGGCAGUAAAAUAAAUGUAAAAAAAAAUGUUUUCCCAAAUUACUGUUAGUAGUUUUGAGUAUAUAGAAGCACUUUGUAUUUUGUCACAAUGUGGUGAGCUUUCAUGUUUGAGGAUGUCUGCGUCUGCUAAUGAUGAGCACUACUUUCUCAAAUAAAAGAAUGAUUUGUCAUUA